ACCCAACCAACUUUUUAUCUCCAAGCACCAUCCAGAUGCACCCUCUGCCGUGGUCCCUUGGUCGCCGGAAUUCAGAUAGUCAAUUUGUUCGCAGCCAAGGACUAGCUGGACGUGUGAAUUGUAUCUACUGUUUCCGUAUCUCCGUGAAAGCGGCAUAAUGCGAGUGUCUAGGGUAGGAGCCCAGCUCCCUAUCGAACUUAUCCUGCUUUCCGCCGAAUAUCUAAUGCCUGUUGACCUUCUGUCUCUCUUAUGUGCGGCUCCUGGGCUAGCACGGGCUCUAACCUUCCAGCAUACCACGCUUCAGGACGAAGGAGGGAGGACGAUCCUGCAUCUACUCGCGAGGGAGGGCAAAUUGAUGCAGCUACUGCUCGCAAACGGCGGUAUCAGGCCAGACCCGAAGGAUCACUGUGGCCGGACGCCAUUAUCACAUGCGGCUGAAGGAUAUGAAGUGGUAGCCAGGCUACUGCUGGACCGACGAGAUGUUGAGGUGGACUCAAAGGAUAACUUAGGUCGAACACCAUUAUCCUAUGCCGCUGGUGGUGGACAUGAAGCAGUGGUCAGGCUACUACUAGACCAACAAGAGGUUGAGGUGGACUCAAAGGAUAACUUCGGUCGGACACCAUUGCUAUAUGCCGCCUGGCACGGACAUGAAGCAGUAGUCAGGCUAUUGCUAGACCGACAAGAUGUCAAGGCAGACUCAAAGGAUAAUGAUGGGUUAACUCCAAUAUCCUUUGCGGCUGGAGGUGGACAUGAAGCGGUGGUCAGGUUACUAUUAGACCGACAAGAUGUUGACGCGGACUCGAAGGAUAACUUGGGUCGGACACCAUUGCUAUAUGCGGCCUGGCGCGGACAUGAAGCGGUAGUCAGGCUACUGCUAGACCAACGAAAUGUCGAUGCGGACUCAAAGGCUAACUGGGGCCAGACACCAUUAUCCUUUGCGGCUGGAGGUGGACAUGAGGCGGUCGUCAGGCUACUACUGGACCGACAAGACGUUGAGGCAGAUUCAAAGGAUAACUCGGGUCGGACACCAUUAUUAUAUGCAGCCUGGCGUGGGCAUGAAGCGGUGGUCAGGCUACUACUAGACCACCAAGAUGUUAAGGUGGACUCAAAGGCUAACUGGGGUCGGACACCAUUAUCCUGUGCGACUGAAGGUGGACAUGAGGCGGUGGUAAGGUUACUGAUGGACCGACAAGGUGUCCAGGCGGACUUGAAGGAUAACUGUUGAAGAGGAAGCGCUUGAUGACAGUCUGACAAGCAGACGGGUCGAAAUAGCGGGAAAAUUGCACACUUCUGCAGUGCUCAGGACCAAGGAUAACCCACACUUAGAAGACAGGAGUUACUUUUCAAAAAAAAAAAUAAAAUAAAAUAAAUAAAUAAAUAAAAUAAAACAUUCUUCACA